AUGUCGGAACGAGCUACUCACGAAGAUGCCUCAACGAUCCUAACUCCACAAGCUGUUGGUGACAAGUCCUGCGGGGAAGUUGUUGUCGCAGGAACAGGGGAGGUUAUAGAGGAGGUUGUAACAGAGGAAGUUGCAACAGCGGAGGUUGUAACAGAGGAGGCAGGAAAUGAUAAGACGGAAUCGGAAUCGCAGCUCGAAGAAGGCGAGUUUAAUGAAACCUCAGCUAAGCAACCACAACCAACUCUCUCCGAUCAAGAGGAAACCGGUAAGUGGAUCUCGGUUUCACCUGCAAAAAUAGGAAGGCAAGUGUCUAUAACAGAAACGAACAUUUCUAUCCUCUCUCCCUCGUCCUUCUCUGUCCUUGCGGAUGAAGAAUCAACCGAGAGACCAUGGAACCAAAAAAACAAAGACCACAAGAAAGAAAGGAGACAGGUGUUCAUUAGCGACCAGAUCACAUACCUAAGACGUCAACUUCCUGCAGUGAAGCUUCUAGAUUAUUUUCCUUUUGCUUUAUCUCAGACCGAAACUAUCGUACUCUGGGGAAAGCGUCUACAAUAUUCUCUUCCUUCUCGAGCUUAG